AUAACAUAAUACCGGGUUAUUCAGAAGGAGAACUUAGGUUUUUCUUUAUCCGGAAACCGAACCCCUCGCCUCUCCCGAAACCCUUCUCUGCUCUUCUCGCGCGGCGUCGGCCUCUGCUCGGGCGGAAGACGAAGAGAAGCUGGGGCUUCUUCCGACGGCCGGCCAAGGUUCUCCAAGGGAUUUUCUUCACUAUCACAAUCCCCUCGUCGAGGAGAUUUCGUGGACACGAAGAGGAGCCGAGGUCUUCACUCCUCCGGAAACCCUAGAAUUGUUCUCGUCGGCUGUAAGUCCAAGAAAGCAAAACAUUGAAAGAGAGCGCAUAAAAUUGGCCUGGCCCAUCUUGAAGUCUCUCCUUGUUCCUUGCUCUUCUCCGUCUUGUUCGAAAUCUUCUUGUACAUUAUACAACACCAAGGUUCAUCGAAAGAGAGCGAAACAUGGGAGAGAGGCAGUGAAAGGCGGAGGAGCGCCUCCGUGCCCCACUCUUGUUCGGUAUUCGCACUGAAUUCUAGGGUUUCGUCCUAUCCGGCGCGUGGUUCGAGGUAAGCUUGGACAUCCGAGUUGCAAGAGUGAGAAUCACAUAUUUCUGAGUUUCAUGGGUUCACGCAUAAUCACUCCUGAGGAUGUUUUAGAGUCGCUAAUGAAUGAUGGGACCAUUGAUGCCAUCAGAUUGAAGAUUAUUAACCAACUGAAGGCUAAUGAAGAACUUAAAAACAAUACAAUCACAAUGGUAGAGCAAAGCAAGGUUCUUAACACCCCUGGUGCAGAGAAACAGACUAAGAGAGAGCUAUUUGAUGCAUUACGGCGUGAACUUGAAACUCAGGUGCUUGAGAAGGCAUCACGGGCUGUUUGGGAGCUAAUUCUUGACGAAAACGGCUUGGGGAAGGAGAUCAGUGAAACAGUUGAAAGAGUUUUCUGUAAAUUAAGUGGCCGUGAGCUGUUGCCACCACCCCAGCCUACUGGAAGUUUUGCUCAAGAGUCGAACAAAGUACAAGAAACACAGGAAAAGGAAGCAGAGAAGGUGAAGGAUAUAGAGAUGUCCGAGUCAUCAGCAAAGAAAAGGACCUUCAGUGAAAUGAAUGCGAAAGGUACAGUAGCUGCUAAUGGAGCGACUGACCAUCCUCCUGCAUCCCAUGAUGUUGCACCCCUUACAUGAUGUUGCACCACCCUUGGGCAUUGUACCACCAUGCCAACAUAACAAAUGCACUUGCUUGUUUGAUUUUAUGUAAGCAUUUGCUAGGUGGAUUUAAUGUAAAAUUUCACUCAGUCCAAUUAUUAUUAGUGCCCUUGAUUUGGUUUAUAAAGAGGUCUAUGAAAAUAUAUGGUAAAGCUA